AUGUUCCGGCGAAGCACGCAUUCCGGCAAGUUGCAUUGUACAUGGUACGAUGGAGGUGUGCAGUGCGGUGGCGGUGCUGCGGUGCUAUGGUGGUGUUGUGUUUUGGUUGUGUUGGGGAUUUUGGUGGUUCUUGUUGGUAGUGGGUGGUGCAGGUUCUUGUAUCUGGCUCUGAUGACAGAAGGAUCAUUCAAUGGGAUUGGGAAACUGGUCAUGUUAAACUCUCUUUUCAUUCGGGUCACCACCAUAAUGUAUUACAAGCAAAGUUCAUGCCUUACAAUGAGGACCGAAGCAUUGUUACCUACGCAUGGGUGCUGUUGGUGCAAUGCCUCUGGCGAUGGAGGCGGGUGA